GGGACGGAGGGCGACGCAUGGCUGUAGGGCCCUUUGGACCCCUCCGUCUUGUGCUCCAGGAGGAGUCCCAGGGUCCUGUUGGCACCCCCUCCAACACCCAGCGUUGCCGGUCAUGUUGGCCAGUCUGAGGGGGACUUGGAGCACUUUUCAUCCAACUCUGAAGUUUUCAUUUCUUCCUCUGAGGCUUUCCCUAUCCCAAGCCCCCCCCCCACCCCCCCCCCAAGAGACAAUAAGGAAAAAGACUUGAACAAGAACAUUCAUCGCGGGGCUCUUAGUGGUGGCCAAACAUUGGAAAACGAGGGUCUGCCCUUCCAUUGGGGAGUGGCUGAACACACUGUGGCACAAUUGAAUGUAAUGGACUUCUCCAUUAGUGGCAAUGCAGUGACCCUGAACAACCCGGAGGGAUCUAGGAGAAAAACCACUCUCCACAUCCAGAGGAAGAACUGUGGGAGCGGAAACAGAGAAGCAAAACAACUGCUGGAAUGGACAUGGCUGGGGAUGGAGACUCUAAGCAAUCACUAACCCCAAUGCAAACAUCAAUAAUAUGGAAAUAGGUCUGGUUCAAGGACACAUGUAAAACCCGAAUUAUGCCUGGCCUACAGGAGGGGGGUGGGAGAAGGGAGGGAAAGAACAUGAAUCGUGCAACCACAGAAAAAUAUUCUUCAUCAAAAAUGUUGACAUCGAAGGCCCCUCCCAGCCCUGACAUUCCUUGUUCUAAGCUCCUUCGCUGCCCUGACAUUGUAUUUGACGGGUUCUCGGCAGCACUGCCUCUCUAGGGUCCCCAUCUCUUCCCCUUCCCUAGUCAGGGCCUCUCCAGGCUGUGGGUGGGAGGGCCCUCCUCUGGGCUCUGCCUCCCCCCCUUUUUCCCUCCAUCCAGCUGCAGAACAAACCCCAGUGCUUGAGCUCUGCCCAAAUGGGGCAGGCUCAGCCCUUCCCCUCUGCUGCUGCCUUUUUUCCCGCCCUCCUUUCUGACUGCCUUCUACACUGCUCGGGGAUGAGGCUCUGGAAGAGUGAAAUCUAGGAUCCAAAGUCAGGGCCCUGGCGGGCAGCGGUGCCAUGAAGCUGAACGAGCCCAGCGUGGCCCACUACGCCGUGAGCGGCUCUCCCGCUGACCACGAGGGUUUCCUGCGCCGCUGCAGCAGCCCAGGCCCCCGGCAGCCCUCCGCCCCCAGUGCCAGCGGCUCCUGCCCCCGCUGCUGGUUCGUCCUCAAGGGGAACCUGCUCUUCUAUUUCGAGGGCCGGGAGAGCCGGGCCCCCCUGGGCCUCAUCGUGCUGGAGGGCAGCACCGUGGAGCUGUGCGAGGCCCCCCAGGAGUUUGCCUUCGCCAUCCGCUUCGCCAGCCCCGGCGCGCGGCCCUACGUGCUGGCGGCCGAGGACCAGCAGGACCAGGAGGCCUGGCUCAAGGUGCUCUCCAGGGCCAGCUUCAGCUACAUGCGGCUGCUGGUGCACGAGCUGGAGGGGCAGCUCCGGGAGAUGCAGCUGGGCCCGGCCUCCCGAGCUGCCCGCUCGCCCCCCCGGCCUCCCCCCGAGCCAGAGGACGGCUGCCCCCCGCUUGGGGAUGGACUGGCCGAACGGGAUGAGGGCGGCCCGAGGCUCCCGGCUCCCAGCACCCGCCGGCGCCUGGCGGACAGCUACCCCUGGGGCCCGGCUGGCCCGCCCCUGAACGGGGGGGACAGCCCCGUGUCCCCCGAGACCUCCUGCUUCUCCAAGCUGCACGGCUGGUACGGCCAGGAGAUCACGGGCCUCCGCAGGGAAUGGCUACAGGCCAGGGCGCUGGCGGGCCGCCGGGCCGUGAAGGGCUCCUGAGCCCGAGCCCGCAGCCUGGCUUACCCCUCCCCCCAGGGGAUCCCGGACUGGCCCCCAGGACCCGCCUCGGACACUCCCCCAGGCUCCACCCUGCCUGACCGGGGCCCCGUGUUACUGAGGAGGCCAACGAGGCCCAACCUGGGCACUGGGGGCACCACUAGACGCUCAUUCUUACCAUCGGGACCAGGAGAUAGCGGAGCCUGAAGCCAGGGAGGGCUGGUCCUGGGCUACCUCCUGCCCCCGGCCUCCUGCCCCCAGCCUCCUGCCCCCUGCCCCCGGCCUCCUGCCCCCUGCCCCCAGCCUCCUGCCCCUGGCCCCUGGCCUCCGGCC